AACGUGUUUAUUUGACCUCAGAGCAGCAUUCAAACUAUCCAGAAAUUUCAAAUAGAUAUAUUACAGAAAUUUUUGAAGUUGGUCUUGAAUAUAUGAUUAACAUUUUGGAAAUUGCAUUACUAGAUACAAUCUUUGUGUUUAGAUUUGAUAAUAGUUCUAGCCAUAGUGCUUUUGCAGAAGAUGUGCUAGUAGCAAGUAGAAUAAAUGUAAAAUAUGGUA